AUGGCCCCGAAUUUAAGAAGGUUGGCAAAGGGAGAACGUUUCUAUCGGGAUUCUUUGCGGAAUCUGGCCCAUCUGGUUGACGAGUACCAAGAUGAAAGGGACAGUGUCAUGCUCGAGGAGUGGAAAGAGCGCCUCAAGGAGAUUUUUGAUGAUUAUAAAGAUACUAGGGUAACGCAUCCAGAGGAGUCGUACCUACCACCAUCCAGAGGAGUCGUACCUAUUCCGGUGCAGCAAAUUCGGGUUAAGCUGCCGGAGAUCAAACUGCCAAUUUUUGAUGGUACUAUUAGGGAGUGGCCUUUUCGAGAUUCGUUCCAUUCGCUGAUUGCGUCAAAUACCCAUCUUAGCGACGUGGACAAAUUUUCUUACCUUCUUUCGUCCCUCUCGAAGGAGGCGAAGCGCGUAGUUGAGGUGAUAGAAGUGACCUCCGAUAAUUAUGCUGUGGCGUGGGAAGUUCUAGAGAAGCGCUUUGAAAAUAAAUACCUGAUCGUAAAGUCAUACGUUGAAGCGCUUUUCAUGGCCGAUGCCGUCAAAAAAGAGUGUUACUAG